CUUCGUUGACAUCGAGACAUGGGCGUUGUGCAUUCAUUCGUCUCGCAGACAUGGCCCCAAAACCAAAAUUCUCAGUUGAUGACAUUCCUGACCUUUCUGGGAAGGUGGUCAUUAGGGCGAAAGCCAUUUUGCUGCCCAACGCCAAAGUUUACUUGGCCUGUAGGAACGAAACGAAAGCCAACGCCGCUAUAGAAAAGCUUCCUAUUUACUUGCCUCUGGAUUUAGCAAGUUUCAAAUCUAUUCAAGUUGCCGCCAAUAACUUUUUAAGCAAAGAAAAGGAACUUCACAUCCUUUUCAACAAUGCAGGGGGUUUGGAACCUGAUGUCGCCGAAUUAACUGAUGAGGGAUAUAAUCUCACCAUCGGUGUCAAUGUACUCGGUCAUUUCUACUUUACGAAGCUUCUUCUUCCGGCACUACUAGCGGUGGCGCAGAACUCUGAUGGAGCAAUCAAAGCCCGGGUUGUAAACACUGCAUCGGUCGCAACAGAGUUGACUAGCAAACUUGAGUAUGAGGCUGUCAAGGAGAGCCCUGUCCGAAGAAAACUGGGAACCGAACCUCUGUACUAUCAAAGCAAAUUCGCCAAUCUGGUGUACUCCACUGAAUUCUCGCGUAGAUACGGACAACAGAUUGGUCCUUCUUGUGUGAAUCCAGGUAACCUUGCGACGGAACUUCAACGAACCUUUCGGGGAAUGAAACGCUUCAUAAUCAUGUACGUAGGAACAUGUACAGAAGGUGCGACGUUCAACGGAAAGUAUUUUGUGCCCUGGGCACGUCUCUGGAAGCCCAGUCCCGCUUCUCAGGACAUCCAGACCAGAGAACAGCUGUGGGAUUGGCUGGAGGAGGAGCAGGUAAAAGAUGCUUGA